AUGGAUUCAUCAAAACAGUUGCUAGGUGCAGGUUGGAUUCAUGUACUGAACCUUCUAUUUGCGAAGAAACUUGAACAGCAAUUCGAGACGAGUGGUGGGGACGAAUGUGAUUGGUAUUGGAUAAACAUCGUGGUGGACUGUACCUUUGGGGUUGGUGUGACCUACAUCCUCCUCCAGCUGUCCAUGAGGUUUGUUCAAAGUGUCAUUCCAGAGCAGGCCGAUGAUUUCAGGACUGGAGAAUAUCGAGUGAAUGGAAUCACAGAUGCUGGGAAAGGACUCAUGGUGGCAUUUAUGGCAGUAGGCCAUUCUCCAUUGCUUGGGCUAGCCGGAAUUGCUUUGGCGCCGUUUGCUGCCAGCCCGAAUCUGAAGUUGUUGGUCGCCAUGAUUGCAACGCCCUUUUGUAUGAACGCCUUGCAGUUCUGGGUGACGGAUAACUUCAUCAAGAAAAAAGGUGGAAUGAUUGAGGAGGAUGAUGACGACAUAGAAUUAGAUGAGCGAGGUGGUCGGACAAAGAUCGACCAUGGGGACUUGUAG